UCCAAUGUUCAUUUUCACCUACCUCCUCACAUCACAUCAACGUCCUGGGAUAAUGCCCUUCUACUUUUGUUCCACUCUCCCUAUUCUUUGCCUGUCUAGAAACAAGCAUGCCUAGGAGUUUUGUCUUUCUUCUUUCGUUGCUUACUCUUUGAUUCCAGUAAUAGACAUAUUCGUGCCUCUUAAACCUAUUUGUUAUCAUUUAAAGACAGAUUAGGCUCUACAUUGCUAUCGGCGCUCCAUGCCUGAUAUUAGUGUCCUUAUCCACAACCGGCGUUAACGUGAUCAGAACAGACUGCUGGGCAGUGCUGCAGCCUAUUCGACCCUAUAUAUUUGCGCUGUCAAUUAUUAUCAUAUCUUCUUUUUCCUGUUUUCCUUUCGAGGAUACAUCAUUUCUUUCCCUCUUCUAAGCUUCUCUGCCUAGGCUACCUAUUUUUAAGCCAACCAGCCGCAAUGUCGAACCUGUCGCCGACCCCUCCAACACCAAAAGGCCAUCAAAACAACCGGCGCAACCCGAAACGAAAUGCGACGCCGACUAUACAAAAGGCUACUCUGUUAACGACUCCUCCCUCGUCCCCUCCGAGGAAUAUGAGCCCAGGAGGAACAGCCACUGAUUCCUCUGCCAACCUAUCGAAGAAGAAAAGUGGCCGGACCAACAAGAAGCCACGAGAUUUAUCUAAGGUUUCACCGGCGCAGAGGAACGGCCAUCGCCACACAUAUUCGCAUUCUAACAAUGUCACCACGCCUCAGCUGAAAGAUAGCCCUCACUAUGCCGGCCCGACAUUCCAUGCCUCCCCAGCUCCCUCCUCCCUUCCAAUCCCGAGCUUUUUCUCAAAGUCGAUACCGGACCCCGAUCUUGCCCCGGCAAUAGAAGCAGAUCUCGACAAAUACGACGUUGGACCGGAAUAUGAGGCGACCCCCUCGAAGUUGAGGACACGCCCUCAGUUCCAAACCGAAGAACCGCAGUCAACACCCUUAGAUUUUCUUUUUAAAGCUGCGGUUGAAGCUAGAAAUUCUCAGUCUCAGUGUAGUCCCGAGACAAACAUCAGGAUUCGCUCCCCACAGACGGACUCCAAGACGCUGCCGCUACGCAAACCCAAUGGCUCUACAGAAGGGUUAUUACCGUUGGGGGUAGACUAUCCGGUGCCCCAUAAGUCGGAGAUAGGACCCGCAUUUGCUACAUCUUACAAAGAUCGCAUGAAUGCUUUGCGAUCCGCCAGUUCUCCCUCUCAGUCCGUGGUAGAACUUGACGAGGACCAACGAAGAGCCAAAACCGAAGCCCUGAAGGAUUUAUUACUCAAUCCACGUCCUCAAAGGCCCUCGUAUGUGUCAAAAUCAUCCUCUAGUCAAAUUAACGGUGUCAACGAACAGCCUACCCCCAUUUGCAGUGUGCCUCAUUUUGCGACUGCACUCAGGACAGCCUCUGGCCCGUCAGUAACUCUUUAUAACAACGUGCUGCCCGGGCAGAAUCAGUCAACGGUUGGGAAUGGAUGGCAGUCUCCAUUUUCCAAUUCAUGCAUUACCAACCCUCAGCCCUAUCAAGGUCAAACCUCGACCUCAAACAAAGGAGCACUUUCACCAAUCCCAGGCAACACGGUAAACGUCUCCGGAGAGACGUACUCUUCUCCAGUGUACAGUCAGACUAAAUUCGCCAUCAGUCCUAUGCAGGAUCCAAAUUAUCCGCCAGUUCACCUGUCACCUACAUCGCGAGACUCAAACACGUCCACCAAAGCUCUUGACACUAAGAAAAUGGAAGACGAUUUGCGUAGGAUUCUGAAGCUUGAUGUGAACCCAGGCCUGCCGUCCAGCGGUAUUCAGAGUUCAUAUGCGUAAUGCCACUUUCCUUUUUUUGCUUUCCUCGUUUAUGUUUUCUGGCAUUCUGCAUGACAUUUGUGCAUAACAAUCGAUGCUCUGUUUUCAAGUUUCAUUCCUAUGCCGAAUGAUAUCUUGCCUUGAAUAUUGGGUUUCUUUCGUCUAGUCUAAUGUUUUCCGUGGCAGUCUCUCAUCAUAUAUGACCAAGUCACUCGUUUGGCCGUCCUUAAUCUCUCUCUCUCUUGUUUUUUUUUUUUCCUGAUUCUUUUGAUGCCACACUUGUCUCUUAUCACAUUUACGAUGUCUAGUCAAGGGA